AUGUCGACCGCGGGCUCCUACGACAUCCGCGCCAUCCGGAACAACGGUUCCAGCCUCCGCUGCCAGUCCGACACCUGCACGUUCGCCCUUGGCGCAGAGGUGCAGACCCUGGAUGUGUAUUCCGGGGACACGAACGUGCUAGCCGGUGGGGAGUACCGCCUGAGCUACACGGCCGGCCUUGUGGAAGACAACACCAACGUCACGUCGGUCUCGGACUGCAUUCCGUUCAACGCAACGUACGAUGACUUGGGCACGGCCGUAGAGAGCGUCACAGGCAGCGCUGUCCUCGUCGCCAGGGAGAGGAUCACCGACCCUGGCUACGGCUACCGGUACUGGAUUACCUUUAUCGGGGCCGGGGUGAUCGGGGACGUCCCGUCGUUGGAAGUCACGGACUUCUCCGGAGAUAGCACCGCUAAUUGUUCGGCUUGGUCGGUGGUUACAGGCUCGUCCGGUGGGGUUGACGUUACCGCUGCAACUACGCAGCAGCACCUCUCUGUGGCAACACAGAUUGACGGAGGGUUCCUGUCCCCCGGCACAACUUACUUCACGCGGGUAUCGGCGAUCAACUCCGUUGGUGUCGGCGAGGCGCAGGAAAGCGAAUCGCAAGACAAUUGCGGGGGGAUCGAAGGCGCUUGUGCACCGAGAGCACCCCCACCUCCUCCAGUCGACGCCAAGGUCUACGCAGAUCCCGAGGAAUCGCUGUCUCUGCUGAUUGGGUGGGACUCUCCUAUCGGAAGCAACGGUGCAGACGUCCUUUCUUACGUGUUAGAGCUCGCCCCUUCGGUUCUAGGGGGAUCUUGGACCGAGCCGUACUUCAACGUAACCGUGAUGGCUGAAGAUGCUGCGGAGAUGGCAACAACGUCGGCCGUCGGAGGUAGCAGCUACGCGGUGGAGAUCGACUUGUCCGAAGAAAACGUAACAUGCGGCGAGCCGUGGCUUGCUCGAGUUCGAGCUGUGAAUGAGAUGGGCCAGGGGCCACCGGAGUGGUACCCGUCCGUGGGCCUUUCGGGCGUCGUAUACGCCGUCCCGACCUGUCCAGCCGGCAUCGAGGACUGCCUCGAGAGCAGCAACGACACCAUCGUGCCCCGGAGGGUCCCCCGCUCCCCCAGCAUGGACGUACCGCUAUCCAUCGGUGCGACAAGCUCCCCCAACUCCUUUACCUCGACCUCGCUCAUGGUGACCUUCGCCGCCGACCCCACGGACGUCAACUCUACCACCUCGUGCGACGAAACCGCCGUCACCAAGUUCAAGGUCGAGUGGGACACGACUCCCAGCUUCAACAGCAUGGGAAACAAGCCCCUCUCUUACGACGCCGACGCGGGAACCAGCCCCGAAGUCGUCGACAUCGACCCUCGCGACGGAAGCGCGCGGUACAACAUCACCGGGUUGGUCCAGGGCACCCAGAUCUACGUCCGCGUUUCGGCGCUGAACACCCUUGGGUACGGCGCGGCCGCGGACUACCAGGACGCCGUUCCGAUAACCUCGGCCGACGCGCCCGGUUUCCCCACCACCAUUGCCCAGCUAGUUGAGGUGGGAAUGGGAGUACUGUACGACGAGUCACCGGACGAUGAGUACGGAGACCACUUCGGGGACGGAGGGGAUGACAUCUCCGCCUAUUUGGUGGAAUGGUCUUCCGCGUCCUUCGAAGCUUACGAGCCGACCACGUCCGAGAUCUUCGUGUCGUGCGACGGCGGCGGGACCGCCAACGGCACUUUCCGGCUAAUGCUCAACACCUCCGACACCGAGCUGGCUGCCGUGAAGGGUCUUUACCUGUCGACGGAUGUCGACGCCAACGCCUCCGCGUGGGAAGUGCUGACCAGCCUGGAGAACAUGCCCAACAUCGGAACGGUUUCGGUCGAAGAGACAACCGCCAACACAACCUUCAGCGCGGGAAACAGCGCCAACACUUCGGUGUGGGAGGUCACCUUCACCUCCGAAGUGGGGGCAUUCCCUUCCUUCGAGGUGUACUUUGCGCGAGUCUCGGCUUUCAACACCCUCGGGUACGGUGCAAGGCGGCCUGCUGAUCCCAUAGAAACGGGUGCCACAGCGGAAGGGGGGAUGCAGGUCCCUUACCAGGCACCAGACCCUCCGGUAUCGUAUUACCAUGGAGAGGGUACCCCUUCCCUCGCUCUCAAGGGCCCGAGCAGCCUUGCUGUUACCUACGGUGCCCCUCAGUACGACGGAGGCGAUCGCAUCACUGUCUUCCAGGCGGACGGGCAUGCCUUCGUGGAUGCCACUCAGACGCUGUGUUCCACAUGCGUCGAAGGCUUCUCCUUGGGUAACCUGACACUCAGAAUCGACGGAAGCACUGAUUUCUUCGGCCGACUGAACGCUGGCAACAGAAUCCUGGUUGACGAGAUGUACGUCUUCACGGUGGCUGACUCUUCUCGCGUCGACAGCUUCGAGAUCGUUGUCGAAGAGGAGGGGCACAACGCCCUGGAAGACCUCGACGGCCCCAUGAAGGAUAUUCGCACGGAACCAGAUGGUGGGAUGGGGGGCGGCCUCUCCGACAACACCGAGGUCGAUGGUGCCGCGAGCGGCACCGGGGGCACCGGGAAUGGUGGAUGCAUCUGCGGCUGGGCCGAACGAUCUAAUGGUUACCUGGUCGGGUGUGCCCUCCUCAAUGUAUGUUCACACAUGCCGCUGCCUCCGUACUGCACGGUGUCGUCCUAUCGCAUCGAAGUGUUUACAGCGUCACCCACGGUCAGCGAAAGCGGCUCCCAGUUCGGACAGGCCGAAGUGCAGACGAUCACCACGGAGGGGGGUGCCGACGGCACUUUCACCCUCUCCUUUGGCGAUCUCGACUACCAGUUGCCGGGGACAGUGGACGUGGUAAACGGGGAGGACUUCGUCGUGACGUCGGAAGACCUGACGCCCUACGUCAAGCGCGGGGACCGAGUGGCCUUUGCCGGGGGAUGGGAAUAUGCCGUGCACGCCUUCCGGCCGUUCAACGCUACCCAUCUCUACCUCGCAAAGGUGACCUUCUCAUCACUGGUACUUGUUGGGGCAACUAUUUUCCACGGGGCGACCACGCCCGAGAUCGCUCAUGAUGCCUCGGCUGCGGACGUCGAAGAAAUGCUGGAGACGCUACCUUCGCUAGGACAGGUAACGGUUUCACGCACCGCCAACGCGUUGGAGUCGAACGGAUACGUGUGGAGCGUUACCUUCGACACUCCGACCGUGGUAGGCGGCGUCACGAAUGCAGGCGACCAGCCACCGUUCUACGCCAACGGUCGCAUGCUCGGAAACAUCACGACGGCCACGUCUUUCCGCCUUGAGGUGGGCGAGCACAUGGUGGGAAUCGAGCCCUUGAACUACAAGGUAUUCGAAGUGGACGCGAUGGGCGUUCUGUCAGCAGACGAAGCUGGUGGUAGCACCAGCGGCACCUUGUCCUCAGCCUCUUCCAGCAACUUGAGCGAGUCAUCGCUAUCCAACAACGGCAGCGGCCAAGCUGCCUCCGCCACCUGGAGCAAACUUGUGUCCAACCUCGAGACCGGCAAGGAUUUCUACAUCCGAGUUUCCGCCCAAAGCGAAGGCGUCGGGUACGGGGACUCCGCCGAGGCCAGCAGCAACCCCGUCGCCCCCAUGGGCGUCCCAGGCCAAAUCGGAACGGUGGCGAUCUCCCGCCUAGACGCGAGCACGGUGCAGCUUGAGGUCGAGCAGAACACGGAGGCCAACGGUGCGGCCGUCGAAGGCUACAGCGUGCAGUGGGACACGAACCCGCAGUUCACCGGCGCCCGGCAGAUGGACCUUGCCUCGGACUACCGCAUCCAGGCUGUGCGCCUGAACGCGUGGCAGCGAGGUUGGACCUCAACCUCGGCGUUUUCUCUGUCACUCUUCGACUUCGGAGGCGCGUUUACCGCACGGCUUGGUGUCGACGACGACGACGACGACCCUCCUACGUUCGUUUCCAUCGCCGAGGGGACCAACGUUCUCAACCGCACGACUCCGAACGUCACGGCAGGAUUCGGCGGGGCCCCGUUAUACAAGCAGGUGCCCCGGGGAGGGUUCGUCAAGGUAGGCGGGCAGGAGUUCCGCGUGUGCCUCGACGGAGCCACGCCGUACGAUGCGGAUACCCUGACGCUGUGCUCCACAAGCGACCCGUACGCCCCCGAGACCUUCCUCGGCGCGGCCACCAAGUACGACAACACGCUAACCCAGGUGCCCGCCUACGCGCUGGACACGGCGAUAGGCUCCGCCUUCAGGCUGGCCGUUGGCGACACCGCGCUGCGGACGUACGACGGGCCCGACACCAACAUCAGCGUGAACGACCUGACUUCGACCCUGGCUCGCGGAGACCACCUGCGACUGGGCCACCCCGAGACCGGUCGUGUCUUCACGGUCUGCAAGGGGGACGGCACCAGCUCCGACGUUGACUUCAACGCCACGUCUCUUCCCCUGUGCGACGCCGACGACCCUGGAGAGCGAGUGUCGGUGAUGGAGGGAGACAUCGUGUCCGCUACGUACGAGAUCCAGAGGUUCGGCCUCUGGCUGAACACCAGCUCGGCAGACUCAGCCGCUUUGAACGCAACCGAAGUAUUGGGCUACAGGGUCGUGUUCGGGGAUGAGACCUCGGCAAAGUCGCAGGCGGGGGGUCAAGCCGGCUGCCUCUCCUUCUACUCGUCGGCUGCUGAGGUCGAAGCAGAGAUCGAGGCAUUCGGUGGAGUGGAUAACGUCCACGUGGAGCGUUCCCCAAACUACACGCUCGAGGACUACAACCUCCACCAGUACACGGUGACCUUCCUCGGACCGGCGGUGGCUGGCAACGUGCCCCAGCUCCGUGUCGUAGAUUUGGGCGAAAACGGGUGCGGUGCAAUCACCAACACCACGGCUGGUCAAGAGGUCGAAGAGACCUUGGUGGAGUCUUUUGUUCCUCUGUACAAGGUGCAGAACACGGCUGACCUCGCGUACGAUGCUACCGCGGCGGACGUCAAGGCUGCCAUCGAAACCCUGACGGGCGCCUGCACGGUCGACGUUGCUCGCAGCGUCAUGGGUAACGGGUACGAGUGGCUCGUUACGUUCUUUGGAGCGACACGCAAAGGAGACAACAACCUGCUGCGAGCGAUGCGGCCUAACGCGCUCCUUCUCGACAACGUCGCAGACUACGUCGAGCCCGAGGCGGUCAUUGUGCCCAUCCUUCGGGCAGAGCUCUCCACGCCCAAAUCCGGCGUCCCCUACUACGUCCGAGUGGCCGCCACCAACGCUGUAGGCACCGGCGGGUUCCGCACGUCCACGCCGACCUCGCUGCAGCCCGCGGCCCAGCCACCGACGCCCCCAACCUACGCGAUCGUUCAGCCUCUGUCGGACGCAGAGCUGAUCGUUCAGUGGGAGGCACCGCUAUCCGACGGCGGCGAGACGAUCUCGGACUACAUCGUGGAGUGGGACAUGGCCACGACCUUCGACAGCGGCGCGGACGGCAACCCGGUGGGAUCGACCGUGGUGAACGCGUCGGAGAGGGGGUCCGUGGCGGACGUGCAGGCGGUCCGAGUGUCCGUCGACGACGGUCUGUUCGUUUCCGGGUCGUUCUUCCUGGAGUACGACGGCCAGGUCACCGACUCAAUCCAGUUCGAUGCCUCGGCCGCGGAGGUGGAGGCGGCCCUCGAGGCCCUCUGCACCGUCGGGGACGUGGGCGUGACGCGAAACCUGGGUCCCUCGAACGGCGGGUACACCUGGCUGGUGACCAUGAUCUCGGUGGCGGAAGGAGAGGAGAGCGGCGACGGACAGGUAACCACGCCUUCGGCCCUGCAGACGGUGGGCUCUCACAAGCUCGGAGUAGACGGCGAAAACUUGCUCGCGUGUGGAGAUGACUCUCGUUCAGGGUGCUGGAGCGACCCAGACCGUACCAGCGCCGAGCUCGAAACCAGCAGGGAGGUGCAGCGACUGCUGUGCCAACCGGCCAACGACUUCAAUAUCACCUUCAUGGGCGAGACCACGAGCGCGCUGCCCAGCGACGCUAACGCGACCGAGAUCGAGGCUGCCUUAGAGGCACUCUACAACGUCGGGGAUGUAACCGUCACUGGCUCUUGCAGCGACCUGUCGGCGGCGAGCUCCUACAUCUACGUUACCUUUGAGAACGAUGGCGGAGAUCUGCCGGUUCUUGCAUCAAGUCUGGAAGGAGACUUCGAGGAGGUAGAAAGAGGACGCGCUCAGGUCGUCAUCGGGCAAAAGCCGUUUUCUUUUGUCAUCGGUGACAUCGCUGCCACGGCUGCUACACCGUGGGCGGUGAGGGUCUCCGCCUACAACCGUGUCGGUUACAGCGACUUCGCGGUGGCCAUCCAUGACUCGAGCGAAAUGGUGGCCGGGGGCGUGGGCGCUCCAACUCUGCCCGAAAACAUCGCCGUCGAGGUUGCCACCGCGCGUUCGGCGUGGGUGUACUGGGACGCCCCGGCAUCGAACGGCGGCGAUCCGGUCUCCGAGUACAUUGUCGAGGUCGACACAUCGGAUGGGUUCGACUCCGUCUGUGGGGAUGGCCCCGAGGUGCAGACGCUGACCAUGUCCUCGAAGAACGCCACCCACGAGGGCGAGAAGUUCAACCUGACCAUCGAUGGCGUACAGCACUUGACGUGCCUGGAGUGGAACGCCGGGGUUUUCGCGGUGCAAGACGGUCUGCGCGCGGCCGGCGGGGCCCUCGAAAACGUCGUCGUGACCCGCGGGGGGGACGGAACUUCCGCUUGGGCCUACGGGUACGCGUACUCGGUCACCUUUGUACACAACACGACUGAUACUGAACUGGCAAACAUCCCGCAGAUGGAAGUGUCUUCUUGCGGAGAGGGGUCGGAUGACGUUGUCUUCGAGGUGAAGACCCUGAGAGAUGGUACCACCGCCACGGAAUUGGCGUGCCGGGCGAGAAACCUCCUUGCAAUGCGGUCGGACGCUGUCUCGGCUUCUGCGGCAAAGGGGGCCGGCGAAACGGCUCGGGGACAGUUCGGCCACUUGGUGGAGGGGCUCGCGCCCGGUUCGUCUUACAGGGCGCGAGUGGCAGCGGUGAACUCUGUGUCUAGGUCCCCGUGGUCCUUUUUGGGGUACCCUGGUCGCCCGAUGACAUUCUCUCCCACCGCGGAGCCCAAGAUUCCCCGGAAUGUCACCGUAACACCUGGAACAAACCCGGGGGAGUUCCACGUUGGCAUCGGCCUGCCCGUCGGCACCGACGUGACCGGCGCUGAAGGGCUUCCGCUACAGGGAUUCCGGGUCGAGGUUGCCAAGCGUGUGAACGAAAUGCAGAUGGUGGCCGUGGUGUUUGCUGCGUCGGACGCCGCAGCCGGGUCGACCGUAGCGUACCCGACGCAAGGGUCGUACACCCUGACCGUCGGCAACGCCACCACGUGGUGCUUGGAUUGGGAUGCCCCGGCGGAGGACAUACAGCUAGCUCUGGACAGCCUCGCAACGGUCGACGGGGUCGAAGUUGACGCCAUGCAGCCCGAAAUCAACUCCACGUCCAACGGGACGACCUCCGAGUAUUCGUCGCGUCCGAUGCUUGUGUCCUUCACGGGGCCUCAUCUAUCGAACGGGGACCAGGACCUCAUGGAAUUCUCUCUCUGCACGAUGCUAAGCGCUGGCGCGUACCUCGAUGUGUACACCGUCGCAGACGGCGUUCCCGGCGUCGUCAGUCCCACCGUCGCCGUUUCGACAGCUAUCGUUGAGGACACCGAUGACGAUGCUGAUGCCCUGAUGUCGGGAUCCUUUUUGGUGUCGUUCGGAUACCGAGGCGACCUCGACCUUCGCCUGGGCGAGGGCAACGAGACCUCGGUGUACGUUACGGUAGAGGCAAGAUCAAGGACGGUCCAGUGCUCCGAAGACCUUAGCCACUACGUCAGUGCCGGGGAUGUGAUUGAGGUUGGAGGGGUGCAGCUGGUCGUUACGGGCGACUUUGCGUGCGAAGACACGGUCGCAAACGACAACACCGUCGGUACGUACCCUUGUAGCUUUGCGGUGGAGUCUCCGCACCCCUCCGGCGCGGUCGCCGUCCCAGCGUACGGCGCCUCCAACGGCUUAGGCGGCGUGCACGUUGAGACCGGGAGCACCAGGGUACUCACCGACUGGGACUUGACUCCUUAUCUGACGGAAGGAGAUGCAAUUAUCGUGCGCGAUCCAACCACCGGAAAGUACUUCGAAGGCAUUGUGGCGUCCGUUGACCAAGAUCGUGUCUUCCUGCAAUCGGGCUACGACGGCCCAUCUGCCGUGAGAGCGGCUGCCUUCUUCAGUCCCUACGCCGUCGUGCCAUUCGACGCUUCCGCCGAAGAGCUCCGAGACGCGAUAGCGUCGCUUCCCAGCGUGGGAUCAGCGGAGGUUAACCGCGAAGGCCCGGACGAAACCCUUGCCUUCGCGUGGUCGGUAACACUCACGUCCUACAACGGGCCUCUCUCAGGAGCACACGCCCUGAAGGUGUCCUCGACGACCGGCAAGGCCUUGGAGGUGGCCGGGUGUGGCGGGGCAGGCAACGGGACGUACGUGGCUACGGGAGACAUGGUAGACGGCCGCAUGCGGUACAAGCUGGUCGACCGACCGACGUACAUCCAGUACGAUUCUUCCGCGGACGCCGGCAGGGGUCGGUGGGUUGUGACGUCCGACGGGGAGGAAGAGCCGUACGUCCAGGCGAUUAUUGGCCCGGAUUCCGCACCACGAGACUCUUUGAUUCCCCCGACCGGAAGCGGCUCCUACUGGAACGUGCCUUCCUGCAACGUGUCCAUUCCGGGCUCGCCCACCGUGCUCCUGGGUGGCAGUGUUUCGAAGGCCGACGUAGACGUCGGCGUUGAGGGAAGUUUCGUCGAGCUUGCCCAGGACGUGUCAACUCGGCCGGGGGUGCCGGAGGUGCAAGAGAUCCAGCUCGGGGCCAGCAGUGACGCUUUGGAUGGUACGUUCAUGGUCGACUUUGCUGACGGUGGCGGCUUCACCGCGGCGUGGGACAUUUCUGCAGGAGAUAUGGAGGUUCUCCUCGAGCAACUGCCGACCGUAGGAGACGUGACCGUCGCACGCGGUGCGGCCCCGGCAGGCUUUUCCGACGGCUACACGUGGACCGUCACCUUCGAGACGCAGGUCGAGAAUCUGGAGCCGUUGUUCGUGGACGGCAACUCAACCGGGAGGCCGAUCGUCGGACCGGACGCACAGCUCUCCGUCGUGGAACUCCGGCGAGGCGUUUCCCCUUCCCUGGUCCUAGAACUCGCCGGGUUGGUGCCCGGAGAGACGUACGUGGCUCGUGUGUCGGCUGGAAACACCGCUGGGUACGGCCCGACCACGCUUGCGGACGCUACUUCUGGUGGAGAUCGCGGAAGUAAUAACGACGGCCUCGGCAUCGUGCCCUUCGAAGUGGUCGCUCGAGCCGCGCCGCAGACUCCGCGCAUCGCCGGUGUUACCGCUAUAUCGGCGUCUCAGUUGGAGGUUGCCCUGGAACCACCGACGGACACACCUGGUUUCGAAGCUCUUGGAUACAAGGUGGAAUGGACUACAGCCGAGAACUUCGGCAAAAACGAGACCAAACUUGUAACUGUGUCCUCUGAUGUGGACGACGACACCGAGGGGCGGUUCCGACUUCGGUUCGGGGGACAAACGACGUACCCCCUCCAGCACAACGCGUCCCCCGACAGCGUGAGAGAGGCCCUCGAAACCCUCGCGACCGUGGCGGACGUGGGCGUUUCGUCAUCCCCGGACAUGCUUCUGGCAUCGCCGUCGUCCGGAAAUUCGUCCGCCGUUUUCGGUUCGGCAUGGACCAUAACGUUUGUUGGGGUGACGGGACCCUUGCCGAAGGCUGGGUACGCGUGCACGGGGUGUGUGUCCGGGUUGUCAAACAACAGCCUCGUAUCUGACGCCCUGCCGGUUCGACUCAACGUCACCUCUGACCUGACGGAUGUACUAGCGCCGGGGGACCGGAUAUCUCUGUCGCCCCACCACACCAACGCCUCGGCUUACGAAGCAACGUGCCUUCUGCUCACCGAGGAGAUGACAGCUGACACGGUGUACGCUUCUGAGCUACCUGGGUCAGCUUGUGCGUUUGUUGAUGGCCCGGACGCUUUGCUCGCACUCUCGUUCUACGACUCUUCCGGCCUAACGGUGGAGCACGUAGACCUGAGGUCCGUCUCCGGCGAUGGUUCAAUUUCCGCGUACGUGACUGAGCUCGUGUCUGGGACGUACCCCGACGUGUACGGGUACGCGGAGCUUAGCGCCGAGGAGGGCUGUGGCUCCUCCGUGUUGGGGCCUUCUUCGUCCGUGCAGCGCUUGGUGCUGACCGCAGGGUCAUCAAACUCCCCAAUCACGCCCAUCGUCAACGGAUCGUACCGAUUGGCUCUCGGAGAGCACAUGACGGAGUGCAUCAAAUACAACGCGACCCCAGCGGACCUGGCCUCUGCCCUCGGAGCACUCCCCAACGUGGCGGGCGGCGCCUCUGUCUUCGGCCGGGUGUUCGUCGACGACGGCACGUACUACCCGGUUAACGACCAGGAAUUGCUGGUGACAGAUGGGCUCGGGUACGACUACCUCAUCCGCUUCUGGGGAGCCUACGCGUCCAAGAACGGGGCCUGGCCUCAGCUCAGAGUGCCUGCCGAGUACUUCGGCCGAUCGGACGGAGGGAGGUAUGCAUGCGACGAGUUUGUGUCGAUGGAUGGCGAUACCGAGCCGUCUGCGCAGGUGGUCAUGCUCAAGCAGGCGCGUACGUGCGCCUCUGGGAACCCCACGACACAGGUUAUCCUUGCCGAAGCCUCGUCAGCUCUGGGUGGCUCCUUCUCCCUCCGCCGGUCGGACGGGCAGCAACAGGUCGUGCCGCUUGCGUCGACGGCGGCAGAGAUGGAAGUUCUCCUGUCCGAUGCCUUGGAAAUAUCGGUGGAUGUCGCCGAAGCGCGAAUGGGCGACCACUCUAAGGCUUGGCUGGUCAGCUUCGACGAGUCCGCCGGAGACACGGACCGCCUGGCUGUCUGCGACCGUUUCGCCACCGGGAGCGGCGCCUCCGUCGGAGUCUACGACGCCGUGGUGAUGACGACGUCUGCCUCCAACGCCGCAGGUAACUCGGGCCACUUCCGCGUCCUCCUGGGUGGGGCGGUGUCCGACCUCCUUUCUUUCGAUGCCACGGACGGCCGGGUCGACGUGGCCCUCCAGGCGAUGAUCGGGGUCGGGAAGGUCGCCACUCUCAGCCCUGUGGCUCUCGGCGGGAGCGGCGGGGUCGACAUCGGGAACGUGACGCUGUUCAACAACAGCGCCUUGGUGGAGGCAGCCGGGGAUUUGUCCAAGACCCUCGCUCCGGGCGACACCGCCGUGUUCGGGAUCGUCGAACAGCAGUACUUCGAGGUCUCCUCGCUCUCGUACAGCGAGGUGUCUGACGUCACGACGCUCAUCCUCAACCAUACCGUCACGGACCUCGCGUUCGACAGGAUCAACUCCUCGGCGGUGGUAGGGACCGCGGCGGUGUCUCGUUCCGCCCUUCCUGGUCGAGCGAGGAUGGUGUCUGACGUGCGGGUGCUGUACUCCUACCCGAACGUGGAGGCCUCGGUGCGGAAGCUUGAGCUGAGCGAAGGAGGUUUGGACAUUCUUGGGAUCGGUCUCAACUCCACCGUCAUCGUCGCGGGUGAGACUUACCAGGUUACGGACUACGAGAACGACAACGUUGAGCUAUCGCGCGACUUUGUGGGGCCGACUGUGGUGGGGGGAGACAUAGAGUUGAAGGUGUUCGGGACGUCCAUGGUCGUCGCUUUCACGCGCGACGUUUCGGACAAGGCCGGGGUGGGAGACGUUCUGUGGAUAGAGAAUGCCAACGGAGACGUGGACGAGCUGAAGGUCGAGGAGGAGUUCUCGCACAACAGUUCGUAUCUCCUGUCGGGACUGUUCUCGUCCGACUACAACGGGAUGACGGCCUACACCCUGGGGAAUGGGCGCACGUGGAUCCUGGCGUUCAAGCACACCGAUGUCGACCUCGAUACGUUCCAGGUAGAGCCCCAGCAGAACUGGCGAGGGUUAGGGGGCUCCAUAAACGUUCAGCGGCCGCGAGGAUUCGCACCACUCACCACAACCUUGGGGUCGCCUUCCGAAGUGCAAACGGUGGCUCUAAGGUCCAACCAGUCGUCGUGGGGGGCCGAGAAUAUCGAACUGAACGCCACGUGGUCGCUGUUGCUAUGGCCGGAAGACGGGGCGACAGCACAGCUGCCCUGGGGCGCCACAGCCGCCGAGGUGGCUUCCGUGCUGGAGGCGUUAUCGGCGGUUUCUCGCGUGGACGUGGAGAGGCUCGGGGACGGGGAGUCGGCGGAGUGGUUCUACGGGUACAUCUACACGCUAAACUUCUGGGGCGUGCAUGCGUCCUCGAGCUUGCCGCAGGUAACCGUGGAGUCGUCGCUGGCCGGAGUGACGGCAUACGUGGACACCGUUCGGCAGGGAGCAGCGGUAGCCUCGCAGACACCGACCCUGGUCGCCCUGAAGGAAGGAGUUCCUUACUCAAUACGCGCUAGCGCUUUCGGGGCGGAAGGGUACGGCCCGGCUUCCGACAUCGCAGUUGCGGAGACCCCCUCGGUGGGCAUGCUCCCCGGUCCUCCAACGGCGGUAACCCUGGGAUCUUGCAAGUACUCUUCGACGUCCCUGGGCGUCAAGUGGCGGCCGCCGCUGAAGGGUGGGGGGCAGAGCGUCGACGCGUACCGCGUCGAGUGGGACCGCUCGCAGCCCAUCUCCGAGAACAGCGCGGCGUACGGCACGGACUACCUGCAGGUGACUCACGAGGUGCAGGAGAUCUUGGUGAACUUCCGCUCCGGAGACUCGGUUGCCACGCGUGGCGGGACCUUUUCGGUGUCCUGGGGCGGGCACUCCACCGCGGACUUGCCCUGGGACUCGUCCGCCGCUACCCUAGAAACCGCCAUCCUCGCUAUUUCCGGGGUGCAGGAGCUUGCCGUGAACCCUAUCGGAGUCACUCGAGUGCCAUACCGCAACGGAUUCCGGUGGACGGUCACCUUCCUGGCGUGGAGAGGUGACCUGGCCAUGCUCCGGGGAGACGGCACCUUGCUGGUCGGGGACGACCCUUCGCUGACGUUCAGAGAAAAGGUGGCCGGAAGGGCGGAUAUCUACCCUGGGGACUACACCAGCGAGGUGCAAGCCGUGACGGUUACUUCUCUGAGUGCCGUGUCGGGUACGUUCACGCUGGCGUUCGAAGGCAAGGAGGUGGCCGCGGUGAGCUACGACGAGUCGGCGGAAUCCUUCAAGGAAAAGCUCGAGGCCAUCGACACCAUCUUCUGCGUGGACGUGAAGCGGUUCACCGUGGACGAUGAGCUGAACCUGCACAGCUGGUACGUGACUCUGGCCUGGCUGAACGGAGAGGUGGUGCCCGGGGCCGGCAACCUUGGUCUCUUGACCGUCGAGUCCACGUCCAACCUCGAUGGCAACGGGGCCGACGUCGGCGUGUUCGAGCUGGUCGCCGGGACAAACCCAAUGGAGUACACCAUUCCGGACCUCCUCCCGGGAGUGCAGUACUUCGGUCGGGUCGCCGCGCACAACUCGCGGGGCUUCGGCGAGUUCAGCCCCGACGCUUCGGGCGUCCCUCUGGGGCAGCCAGGACUCCCCUUGGACGUGACGCUUGCCAUUGGAAGCGGUUCUGCCAUAAGCACCACAUGGUCUCGCCCGUCGUCGGACGGGGGAGCGGCCUUGUCCGGGUACAUGGUGGAGUGGUACACCACGGUGGACCCCGGCCAGAGCGAGGUGCAAAUGGUCACGACUUCGGCCAAGAAGGGCGUGAGCGAGGUCCAGACCGUGUCCAUCACGGCGGACGAAAACAACCUCGGCGGCUACUACACGGUUUCCUUCGACGGCCAAAUGACGGGAAACAUCGCGUGGGAUGCCCCCGCCACGGGAACUGAUUCCGUCAAAGAGAAACUCGAGAGGCUGCCCGGCGUCGGGGACGUGGACAUCACCCAGGACUACUCCCGGGUGGCCGUGGCCGGCUUGCGUGUUGACGUUCUCGUCGGCGCCGACAGCGCCACGGCGGGGACCUCCUCGACGCUCCUACCGUCCCAGUCGGGGCUCGUGAAGAACGACAUUAUCUUCCUGGCCGGGUAUCGAGCGCGUGUCCGGGGGUUCUCGUCCGACGGUAGCACCCUCCUGUUCGGAUCGAUGGACGACUACACCGAGGCGGACAGCUUCGACGAGGACUUUGGCGCCGAGGGCGUCAUCGUCGAGAAGUGGGCGUACGGCUACGAGUACGCGGUGACGUUCAGCUCCUACAACGGCGACGCCCCCCUCAUGGAGGCGUCGGCUUCUGACGGGUGGGCCGGCACCAACCCGACGAUCGACAUCGAGGAGGUGACGCCCGGGUUGCAGCCAAUCAGUGGCUCGUUCCGCCUGAGGUAUGACCGAGAAAACACGCCUCCCCUGGCGCACGACGCCUCCGCGGAAGAGAUCGAAGCGGCCCUAGAAGGCAUCAUUGAUAUCGGUGACGUCACCGUGUCCAAAGUCAUCAACGGGUACGGGCACAACUGGAUCAUCACGUUCGUCACCGAGAUGGGGGACGUGGACCUUAUGGAGGCUGACGGCACGGGACUGACCGGCCCCAGCGCUGCCGUUUCCGUCUCCGUGGGACAGGACGGUAUCCUCCCUCCCUCUUACGGGAGCCAGGAGAUAUCCGAUGCGUCCAUCCUGGACUACACGAUCGAGGGCCUUACGCUCGGCGAGGCAUACUCGGUCCGCGUGCGCGCGGCCAACGCAGAAGGCUACGGGGCUGCGGCCGGAGCCGUCCCGGCGAGCAUCCGCCCACUCGAAGCCCCGGGGGUCCCCGUGGACGUGAGUCUGAUCGUCAUGAGCGACGCCAUGCUGAAGCUCGUCUGGUCCGCCCCGCUUUCCGACGGCGGCAACACCGUGACCCAGUACCGCGUCGACUGGGACACGGCCGAAGACUUCUCGAACCUCGCCACCUCCGGGUUCUACCACGUCCUCUCCGUGGGCGCCGACCCAGGGCCGUACUUCUACAACAUCGUCGUCCCCGCGGCGUCCGCCUGGCUCCCACGGUUCGCGCGCGUGACCGCAUACAACUCCUUCGCUUGGAGCGAGCCCGGCGUGCCCGAUCCCGCCAGCAGCCAGCCCGCGCUGCGGCCGCCUGGCGAGCCCCAGUCGGUGACCCUUGCCGUUACGUCCGGGGUCGGGUUGGCCGUUUCCUGGGAGGAGCCGUCGACGAAUCUCGUCGUGUACGGGGGGGACGGCGGCAGCGCCAUCGAGGAGUACCUGGUCGAGUGGGACACGAGCGCCAAGUUCGACUCCCCCGCCAGGCGGGCCGUGGUGGCCAUGCCCGCUGCGCUGUCGCACCUCAUCGGCGGCCGGGACCUCAUGACGGGCGAGGAGUCCACCGAGCUCGAGCCCGGGGUGACCUACUACGCCAGGGUCUCCGCCUUCAACGCCGAGGGGUACGGGGCCGUCGUGCCCACCGUCCCGAGCUCUGCGACAACCGAAGACCAGGUGCCGGCGUCUCCGGAGCUUUUGGGCGGGGAGACGAACGGGGCGACAAGCAUCGCGGGUUGGCUGAGUCCCCCGGCGAGGGACGGCGGAGAAACCUUGACCAAGUACCGGUUAGAGUGGGACGUUAGCGACGACUUUUCGCACAUCAACGGAUCCAGCAGAGCGGGCGGGUGGGAAGACGUGCCGCUGGUGCAGGAGGUGCAGGCCUUCGCCGUGUCCUCGUCGAUCGGCCAGGAAGAGCAGUGGAUCAUCGCCACGGUGGAAGUGACCAACGAGCGGCAGACCGUCCGAACCCAGAUGAUCGUCACAUCCGCGGACCGGGUGCAACCGCACAUUCAGACCGUCACCACUUACGCCGCGGACUUCGACGAGGUGCAGACCAUAGCGCUGGACGCCGACGACGUGGACGAAUGGCAGUAUGCCUACAUCGAUGUCGCACGCACGGUCUAUGAAAGCCAGGUCUUGACGGUUUCUGCCACCCGUGAGGACGAGGUCCAGCAGCUGGUGGUGACCUUCACGGGAAACACAACCGACGGUGGGGUGAAGAUGAUGGCCGACGCCCCCACAAACGCCUUCGUCGCCCUCACGUUCGACAGCGGGAGCAUGAACUGGGCCUGCACAGAUGCCACGGAAACCACACCGUAUAUCACCGACUUCACCGGGCAGCAGCCCGUGAAGGACGCUUUGGAAGGCCUAUCGAAUGUCAAUGGCGUAACCGUUACGUGGGAAGAAGUUAUCACCGCCUACGACGACAACGCAGGCACCCUGGAGCUGCGGUACAACGUUACAUUCGACGGCGACUGUGUCAGGGGCAACGUCCCGACUGGGGGACUCGCGGAAUCGUGCUACGCGAGUGCCACCGACGUUCUCGCUGACGUCGAUUGCAGCAUCACGACGUUGGCCGACGGAAACGAACCCGAGGGGUCGUUCUACCUGACGUACCACUGCGAGUCCAUCGUCAACUCCACAAUGGCAAACGUGACCCAGUUCAGCGACCUGAUGGUGUUCAACCACACCGGCGGCGUCGAAGUCGGGGACACGCUCCGCGUCAACACCGUCGAGGGGUCGACCGGGGGCAUCGCUACCGACUGGGAGUACUUCACCAUCACCGAUGUCAACGGUUAUAGCAUUACCGUUGACGUCAGCAGCACCGCCGUCGACAUUGCGGACGGAUACUACUACGUGGAGUACGGCAGCUUCUACUCCGGGCCUGGCAUGGACCACGGGGUCAGCGCCAACUGUUUCCAGGCCGACCCGGACUUCACCAACAACCCCCUGGACCACGACGUGUCUGCGUCGGAUCUUCAAGAUGAGCUGCAGGGUCUGGCCCAGAUUAACAGCUCUGCUGGAUGCCUCGAGGUGGUACGCAACCCCAUCGAGCUGGGAACAACGGUGGACUUCGGGUCCGGCUCCCCGGUGGAGGUAAUCGGCUACCAGUACAACCUCACCUUCUACUGCGCCAACGGCAACGUGCCCACCCUCGGCUGCAACACCAGCGGCACGAGCCCCUUCACCUCCACGAACGAGGACAUGAGCGGCCUCACCCCGCCGGAGGGGAGGCAGUGCCAGAUCACCAGCGAGAUCGACGGCUCUUCCGUCUCCGGAGGCUUCACCCUGUCCACGUCGUACCCCCACGAGAAGGAGGGGGACCCCGUGUGGGGCUACACAACCUCCGAGCUCAGCUGGCGCGCGACCGCCGAGGAGGUCGAGACCGCCCUCGAAGACGUGAGGGACGCGGACGACGCCCGGGUGUUCGGGGCCGUCACGGUGGAGAGGCACGUGUACUGGCCGGAAGGGGCGUACAAAUGGUCCGGUCAGUACAACUGGUCCAUCACGUUCGACACCCGGCCGGGGGACGUGCCGGAGACGCAGAGCGCGUCGACGGUGGUCACCAACGACGGGGUAGCCGCCGCGGUGUCGGUGGGGACCGCCCGCGACGGCAACGAGAUCGACGGAGGGUUCGGUCUGUCGUUCUGCCCCCGCGGGGUUGAGUGCAUAACGACCAACGCCACCUACUUCAGCGCCUUCCUGACGGAGGACGAGCUCAAGGCUCGAUUCUCGGAGGCGUUCUUCACGCGGGGCUCGGUUUCGGUUAAUGUCAGCGAAGCCUUCGGGGCCGCCGAGGUGAGGAUAAGCUACCCGGACAACGACACCGCGGCCACCAUCGAGGUCUCCGACUGGCUCCGCUUCGACAGCACCGACUACACGGUCGACAGCGUUGUGGAAGACCCCUCAGACGGCGCCUACGACCACCUCGUACAGCUCAGCGCUAACGUUACCUCCCUCAAGGGAGCCUACGACGCCACCUUUGGCACGACCGCCGUGUCCGUCACCCGCAGCGGGCCCACGCAGGCCAUGGGCUACUCGUGGGAGGUGACGUUCUCGAACAAGACGGUGGGCGGGAACCAGCCGGACAUCGACUCUACGUCCUCGGAACUGACCGGAUCGGGGGUGGACAUCGUCAUGUCGGAGACCCAACAAGGAAACCAGCUGACGGGGACGUUUACGCUGUCCUACGACGGCGAGACCUCGAGCGAGAUCCCCUUCGACGCCGCCGCUGCCUCCGUCCAGUCCGCUAUCAACUCCCUCUCCAGCGUCUACCCUUCGCGGGUAGACGUUACCCGUACGGAAGAGACCAUCGACCGGUCCCAGCAGGUCGGGGGUUACACGUGGACCAUCGUCUUCGACUCCGACACUUGGCACGACCCCACCGAUCACUCCUCUUCUGAGACGUACGUAGACGGGAGCUGGACAGGGGAUGCGGCAGACUGGGCGGACACUUGGCCAAGCACCGGGGAGGGGCGGUUUUCGAAGGCGUGGGGGAGAAACGUCGGGCGCUUGCCUGACAUGGACUGCUCGAGCGAUGGUCUCGGGACCACCCGCGGGGACGGCUCUGAGGAUUGCAAGAUCACGACGAUCCAGGAAGGGACGAACCCGCUAGGGGGAACCUUCACCCUGACGCUGGACGCCCAGGGUCACGCGGUCAUGUCUGCCGACGCUGUGUGCACCACCGGGCCCAUCGCCCACAACGCAUGGGCUACGGCGGAAGAGUCGGACGGAGACGGGACUUCCAUGGAGGAGAUACUCGAGGCCACCGACUGCAUCGGCGACGUGUCCGUCAGCCGAGGAGAUCCAAACCUCGCCACUCAAAACGGUGGUUACGCCUGGCUUGUCACUUUCCUCAGGGACGCGGACUCCCCCUGCCAACAGGCCGGCGCCGACGGUCUCUGCAACUCGCCCGGUGACGUCCCCAAGUUCACCCUCUCGGACGACAACGCCGCCGACCUCCUGGGCACCAGCACCCGCAACGUCGUGUUCGGGGACGGAGACUCGACCCACGGCGCGCUCACGAUUCUCGACGUCGCAGACGGUACCACCAUGCCCCCUGGAGCCCCCGAAGUGCAGACGAUCAGGGUGUACGACCUGGAACUUUCGGCCUCCGACAAGUUCGACGGAAACCCGGGUUUCGUGCUUAACCUGGGAGGAAACGCGAGCGGGUGCGUCCCGUGGAACGCCAGCGCCGAUGAAGUAGCGAACGCCAUCUCGGUCACGUAUCCCCUGUACGGGGAGAACGUCGUAGUGACGCGGUCGACUCCUCCGGACGAGGAAAUCUGGGGGCUGCCGUCCAGUCCGGCGCCAAAUGGAUACACCUGGACCGUCAACUACGUAGGCUACGACGGCGACGUCCCUGAUCCCGGGGCCGACGGGGGGCUUUACUUCAACUCUUCUGGGAACGCGACCGCUUGCCCGCCGCUCACGGGGUGGCAGAGGGUAGACGCGCAGACGCUGGUCAACGGGACCUUCAACCCUGUUUCUUGCGAGGAAGAGGGCUGCGUGGACGGCAUCGUUCUUCGCGGAAACUUCUCGGACUUUUCGAUACCCGAAGACGCCUGCAAUAACGUCACCGUGCCGUGGAACGCGUUGACGGGAGACAUCGAGGCCGCCAUCGAGAGUUGCGCCAACGGGACGCGCCAGGUGGAAGUCAGCCGCUCCGUCAUCGACCAGUAUGGCACCAUGGAAUGGGAAGUAACCUUCACGAUGAACCCGGGGGUAACUCCUACUGGUGCAGGGGACGUGGAGGCGCUCUCCGUGGUUCAGAACCUGACGGGACUGUCGGAACACGCCUCCCAGCCCGUCGUCACGGAAACCCAGCAGGGCUCCACGGGACUGUCGGGCACCUUCGCGCUGGACUACAACGACGUCGGGGGCUCUAGGAAGGUCAGGUUCGACGAAGACGCGGACCGCAUGAGGCGCAAGCUGGAAGAGAUGAGCACCAUCUCGGACGUCUACAUCGACCUCGAGGAGUACCCUUCCAGCGACAGCGGAGGCUGGGGAGGCACCGCCGUCGAGGACGGCACCGCGGGGGGAUAUGUCUGGAAGCUCCGCUUCCUGACGGUCCCCGGCACGUACAACGGGGAGACUUUCCCCGCCGGGACCGGUAACGUGGACGCCAUCGUCCCGUCGGCCUCCUCCCUGUCCGGGUCUUCCGCCAGCGUGGUCACCACCACCGUCACCGAAGGCGCGGAUGAGAUGGGCGGCGGCUUCGCGCUUGCGUUCGCCGGAGAGUCGACUGAAACGCUCCUCUACACCGCGGACGAGACGGCGGUCGAGGCCGUCCUCGAGGACCUGUCCAACGUCGGCGACGUUUCCGUGUCGUUCGACCCUUACACCCCUACACGGAUCGCAAACGUCACCGUCACCGUAGCCAGAGACUCGUCCACCGCGGUGGUGACUUCUACGCGAGACCUUCGCAACUUCCUGUCGCCGGGCGUUGUCAUCCGCGUCGGCGGGGAAGACGCGUCUGCGGGCGGCACGCUGGUGGGAACCAACGGUGAGGGGUACCUGGACUAUCCCGGUGGUGUGGGACACAGGUCGACGGCGGUUCCCGGCUGGCCCGUCCUCGAGACCGACAACGACCUCUCCUCAAAGGCAGCCGCCGGUCGUCAGGUCCGUGUUGCCGGUUCGCGCUACACCCUCCGACGGGUCGGCUCCGAAGUCCAGACGGUCACCCUCGCGGCCGACGAAUCAGUCUCGACGGACUUCUGGCAGCUGUCCCUGGUGCACUCCGGCCUGGGCGGUGAGACGUUGUGCCUGCCGUUCGACGCGACGGGUGAUGAUGUGGACGAGGCGCUCGAGUCUUUGGCUGCUGUUGAUGUCGGCGGGGUGGUUGUCACGCGACGAGGCUCGGGGACCCACGGGGACCCGUACGUGCACUCGGUUUACUUCGAGGGCGGAAGCACUGCCGGGGAUGUGAAUGAGAUGUCGAUCAACACCACGGCCUGCGUCCUCGAGAGCGGCUUCGAGGCGCCGUUCAACGCGACGGCGCACGUCACCACCAUUCAGCAGGGGGGCCGCGUCGAGCGUCAGAAGCUGACCCUCGCCACAGAGGCCGGGCACGUCCGAGGGGACUACUUCCGCCUCUCGUACAACGGCACCAGCUACGCUUCCACGGGCUGCCUGGAAUGGGGCGCUCCGGCAGAUGACGUAUCGGACGCCCUGUCCGCGCUCCCCCCCGUCGGAGACAUUCCCGUACCGUCCGACACGCUGACCCUGAACACCUCAGGCAUGGACGUCUUCCCGUCGGCAACCGUGGCGCUGUCGAGCGGCCAGUUCGUUGACGGUCGCCUUGAAAGGGGGGACGUGGUUCGGGUGUUCGGCUCCCAGAACGACGCCGAGUACUCCGUCAGCAGCGUCUCCUCGGACGGGACCUCCGUGACCCUGGGCACCACGUUCCGAGCGGCGACCGGUAGCGGGGGGCUCGAGGCCGCGAACGUCACCCGCGUCGUGCCCGACGCCGUUACCGUUGCCCGCUCCGGCACCGGCAAGAGCGUCACCGAGGUGCAGAGGGUCGUCGUCACGGCCACCUCGGAGGUUGUGCCUUUGGACGGGCAGGGGUUCUUCCGGCUCCGGUGGGACCACGACGGCAUUGAGGGCAUCACCGAGUGCUUGGAAUUCGGCGCGGAGGCGGCCACGGUCCAGGACGCCCUGGAAGCGAUCGGAUACGAUCUUGACGGGUCGGGGACUAACUUCGAGGAAGGGGACGAAGGUCAUGUGCUCGUCACGAGGGAUGGCGACGCCAGCGCUUCCAGCGGCUACGGUUACGAGUACACGUUCGAGUUCAAGGGCGUGGCUGGGGUUAGCACGGUCGUGGGCAACGUGGAGCAGAUCCAGGUGGUGGGGAUCGGUGCGGUGAACGGCUGCACCGACGUCGGGGGAAUCGUCGACACCGAUACCCUGGACGGCAUCACAGGAAACACCACCGACGGUUCCUACCACGUGACCCCGAGCGCUUCAAUCGCCGGGAAACUAGCCCCGGGCGACCGCAUCCGUAUCGAUGGCUCCACCGAGCCCUACCGCAUUUACACGGUCGCGCUCGCGAACGGCGAAGAACGAUUUUCGCUCACGGAGGCCUUCGACGGGGUUUCUACUGAGGAAGCGGCUCUUUCCAUAGUCGGCGACGGUGUUCCACAGUUCCAUGUGGAGACUGUCGCUGACGGUCAGGCGUCGUGGACCUACGACAUCUUUUUCACGGCCCCUCACCUCGGCAACGUGCCGGAGCUGGUCGUCUUCGACGAAGGCACAGGGGAGUGCGUGUCCGGUGACUACGACAACGAGAACGAGUGGUCAAUCAUCGGCGGGAUGCGCCGUGACGUCAAGCUGUCGACGGAAGAAGACGGUGGCAGCCGCGAAAUCGUGGAGCUCGUGUUGGCUUCUACAGCGGCGGCGGGAGGCCUACCCGAAGGGGCCGCCAUGCGACUGUUCUUCAAGGUCCCUGACACGGCCGAGUGCUUCCCGUGGGAGGCUGGCAGCACAUCGGUACUUGAAGCGGGCUUCGACGACAUCAUCGGUGAGGCGGGGUCGGUUCAUGUCAGCAGGACCGGGGAUGAAACUGCCACCUCGGCGUACGGCUAUACCUACGGAAUCGACUUCGCCGGCACCGCAGUGAGGGGCGACAUGGAUCUGAGGUUGCUAAUCGCGCAAGAAACGCUGGAUGGUGAAGAUUACGCUUCGGGUGUAAGCGCGGUGAUUUUCGAUGGUCUCGGGGAGUCGUCGAGCAUUGAAGUGACACUAAACGACGGCCUGGACGACGCGGGCUUUGCCGACGCCAUCAUCGGAUUAACCUACACUGGAUCGGAUGUGAACUCCUCCCACACGUACAGCUACAACCUGACGGUGUGGGAGUUCGGCGACGACAUCCCGAGCGAGAGCUCCUCCUCUUCUUCUUUCGGGAGCUCCUACACCAACCACACUAUAGACUUUGCCGAAACUGAUCUCGCGGCACCCCUCAACGUGACCUUCGUGAGCAGCGACGGCCUGGUCGAAGACGACACUUGGACGAUCCUCAUUUCCUCUUGCGGCGCUAACGCCUCGCUCCCCGCGGGUGCGUCGGCGACCCUGACGUCCGAACAUGGGACCGCCGAGGUUAGGCAGCUGACUCUAGACCGGGGAUACGAGGGGACUGUCCCCGGGUCUCACGAGGUGUACUUGGUCAACCAGCAUUUCACCGUUCGCGCAGCAGGUACGGAGAUGCAGUCUGUCACGGUUGCCAACACGGGUUCGUCGACCACUUGGACCUACGGCAGCCCGAGCUACAGUUUGAGCUGGAACGAGUCUGCAUACACGGCGUGUGUGGCAUAUGAUGCUGAGGACUGGGAGCUGGAGGAGGAGCUGCUGUCCUCGCUCGGGUUGGACGUGACAAUCACCCGAAGAGAGGACGCCACUUUCGCUCCGAACGGCUACAUAUACAACGUAUACUUCGACGGCGAGAAACAGGACGCAACAAAUGUGCCCGACCCGUACACAUCCGGGGGCCUGAACGUCACUUACGAGGGCUGCGUGCCAUUUGAUGCCGUUGCCGGGGAAAGCGUCACUCUGACUACAGUAACUCAAGGCACUACGGCGGGGGGCAUCUCGUCUGCCGUGCAGCUUCCGCUGGGGGAUGUCGACGACGCUUCGCUGGAGGGAAGGUUCCUUGGUGGAGAUGGCACCGCACAGAUGGCCUUGUACCGUGUCUCGGGACACUUGUACACGGUGUCUUUCGACUCCAACCUGGGAGACCUUGUGGAUCUCACCGGGGAUUCCUCCUCUCUGAACGGAGAUGGCGCCAGCGUGGAAACGUUCCCUUCGGAGAUCGUGAAAGGAGUGCUCCCGUUAAGGCACGCCGCCACAGACGCACAGACGGGCGUUCCUUACUUCUUGCGCAUGGCCGCCUCGAACUCCCUCGGCUUCGGGGAGUACGGGGACAACAUUGCGAUCGCCAAGGCGGCGAAGGCUCCCGACGCUCCCGGAAACCUAUCCGCUGGGGUGGCGCUGCACGUCGAUGAGGUGCAAACCGUGACUGUGGCGGCCACCCACCAAGACGAGGUGCAGAUCAUCACCACGGCCGCUCCGGUGAUCGUCGGUGUUCAAUUGAUGACGACAUCGGUCGAUGAGGGUGACACCGUCGAGGGAAACUUCGCCCUCCAGUUCCCCGAGAUUCAGACGGUUUCACUAUUCUCCUCAGCGGAGGUGACGAGCGGGAACUUCAGCCUGACCUACACGGCCUUAUGGGCAAACUACAGCACCGGCGUCUUGAGCUCCGACUCGGAGACCACCGCUUGUAUCGAUUGGAACGCUGGGGCGGAGGACGUGGAAGCGGCUCUAGAGGGUUUGCUGCUGGUCGACGAUGUCACUGUCGUCCGUUCAGGCGAUGCGUCCAACGCAUACGACUUUGGGUAUACUCACGAGAUCGCCUUUGUCGGGCGGGACGUUAUCGGAAACGUCCAGCCGCUUACAGCGGACACAGACUCCUGCGCCGACUUUGUUGUCUCUGGCGGGGGUCAGUCGGGCAUGACCGUUGCCACGAGAAAUGAGGGAGACGCCCUUGGAACUGGAACUACGGCCCAAAGCGUCAAGGUGUUUUCGGCUGUAAAACUGACUGAGGAAGUUGGAGCUUACCGUCUGGCGGUGAACUUCAGCUCUUCCCAGCACUCUACCAAGUGCCUUUACUGGGAUUCCACGGCAGAGGAGGUUGAAACAGCUCUGGAGCUGCUUGACAACGUGGACUCCGUCCAUGUUGAGAGAGACGGAAGCGGUGGAGAGGAUGACGACGUUUUUUUCGACGGAAACGCCUUCUACGGGGUCGGAGAGUCCGUGUCCCCGGUGUCCCGCCCUUCUCUCUCCGUCAACGCCUCCUCCGGGUGUUCCCCGUUCUCCACUACCAUCGACGGAGUUUUGACCGCCCUCGACAACGACACCACCUGGAACGGAGUAACCUCCUCCGACAUAGUCAGCGGCGGUUUCACCCUUAGCCAAUCAGCUACCGCGGAUGACGUGACCGACGGGCUAUCGGUUCUGCCGUCAGUGACCUCUCCGAUGCUGACGUACCGUGGCGUCGCGGAUGACCAGCAAGGGAAUUCUUGGACCAUGUCGUUCUCGAGCAACGGCGGGGCGGUGCCCGAGCUGGCGUGCGUCACGGAUGCCGGCUUCGUCGGCUACUGCGAGGUAACCACGCUCGUAGAGGGCAACGAGGUUGGCGGCAGCUUCUACCUCAACGACACGGACGCCAUCGCGUCAGACGCCACAGCCUCGGAGAUGGAACUACUGUUGGAGGCCACCGACCUGGGGGGCGUGAACGUUACACGCUCUGAUUCCGAUGGCCGCGGCGGGUACUCCUGGUCCGUCACGUUCCACGACUACGUGGGAGAUGUGCCCGCGCUUGUGGCGGACAACGACCUCACGGGCUACUCCGCCUCCAUCACUGUUGUCGAGGAGGUGAAAGGAAACGAGCUGGGAGGGACGUUCGCCCUAGAGCUGGAAGGGUAUGUGACUGAGGACAUGGCGCACGAUGUCACAGCCGAGGUGCUCCAGGGAGCCUUGGAAGACCUCGGGAACAUUGGAACUGUCGACGUAACCAGGACCGAGAUAGGGUCCGAAGGUGGAGCGGAGUACCGCAUCACCUUCGAGGAUGUCACCAACUCUGGCGAUGUCGCUCUCCUUGUCGCACACUCAGAAGGUCUAACGGGCGCUGGUUCCACGGUGGUCGCUAGGGAGUCGCCAAUGCGGCGGGUACUGUGGGUCAUGAUUGAUGUUGCAUACGUCAAGACACACACCGUCCGAAAGUGGAAUGGGUUCGCUCCGGGAGUCAGCGAGGUUGUGAAGGGCAGCGAGGCCACCGGAAGCGCGGUUCGGGUGUCUUUCUCGGCCCCGCAGCACUGCAGCACGUCGCAGGUGUCGCUGGACACGUGCGGGGACCCGGUGGCGUACUAUGUGGUGGAGUGGGACACCUCUGACGGUUUCAACUCCGCCGCGCGUUCAAGCCUCGUUGUGGACGGAGAAGACCUUCUUCUGCAACAGCAGCGUGUCACGACGAUGGCGUCGUCGGCCAUGUCGGGCACCUUCCAGCUGUCCUUCCACGGAGAAAAUACCCCUCUAAUUAACGCCGCCGCGUCGGCGGAGGAGGUCCGGUCUGCGGUUGAAGCGCUUGACAGCAUCACCACCGCUGCGGUGUAUCGCGACUUUACGGUAACUCCCGUCGGCUGGGAAAGUGGUGACAACGCCGGCGAAAUUCUUUUGGACCUUACCUUUGGAAGCCAGAGCGUGCAGUGCAGCUCGGACAACGCGGACCUAGCUUCUUGCGACUACAGCUUCUCGGCGUGCCAGCUCGUGAGACUGGAAAACGUGUGGUACAGGGUCAAGGCAUCGUUUGAGCCCGACGGUAGCGGACAGAUUCCGUUGGCUGAGGAACACGACUGUUCAGUGACUGCAUCUUACAAAGGGGACACCAAGACGGGAUCCACGCCGUACGCCUGGGCCUACGGAUACGAAUGGACCAUUCACAUCCUCAGCUACGUGGGGACUCUGGAACCGAUCUCGAGCCCGAUGCACUCUCUGUAUCCUGCCGACUCAGCCGUCCUGCACAUCAGCGGCUCUGAUUGCGAGAGCUGCCUCUACAUCCCCAACGACGGUUCCUCCCUGACGAUGGGCACCCCGUACUACGUUAGAGUCGUGGCCUACAAUGCGCUGGGGGCGUCCGAGAUCGGCAGCGGGUCGGACGAUAGUUCCCUGGUCGUUGGGGUGGUACCGAACCAGAUCCCCUUCGCGCCGACGGACGUGUCGGUCACAGUGGUGUCUGGCUCGAGGCUGGAGGUGUUCUUCUGCGACCCACUCAUUUCCAGCGGCGAUAUCCGUGGCUUCCUGGUGCAGUGGGACACCGACGAGGGUUUCGAGCAGGCUAUUGGGGGAGGGAACACCGGUGGGUUACCCGUUUCAUCCACUCGGCAUCAUCGCGUCGUGGGUGAUCGUACGUACUACAUUCGUGUUGCGGCGCUUGGAGACGUUGCUGCUCAACCGGUCAACCCAACGGGCGACCCGCCGGACAACACCAACUGGUCGGGGAUCAUCGAGGCCGUGCCGGUGGACCAGCCGCCCAGCUCGCCAGGUCCCGUGUCCAUUUACGUGCUGAAUGGAUCUACGCUGCAGGUGCACAUGGAGGUGCCGGCUGAGAGCGGCGGGUCUGACAUCACCCAGUACAUCAUCGACGUCGACAGCGUGUCAACCUUCUCGUCUACCGGUCUGGUCACCUACACCGUCGAGGCCGAUGAGCUGGGAACUCUGUACAAUGGAGGAAGCGCGGUGUACGACAUCCCCGACCUCGACGCGGGAACGCUGUACUACGUGCGUGUCUCCGCUGUCUCAGCGGUGGGUACAUCGGACAGCACCCUCGCCGCCAACAACCCCUUGGCGCCAAGCCAGCACCCCGAUGCUCCGGCCGAGAUGGCGGCGGAGGCUGUCAUUGCAGGCGGGGUAUCAAUCAAUUCAGAGAUAAAGGUGGCAUGGGCGUCACCGGAGGAGAAUGGAGGCUCUCAAGUUCUCGGGUACCGGGUGGAGUGGUUCGAAACUGAAACCGUCAGAAACGAAAUUCAGGCGGUUAGGAUGACCUGGGAGUCCGGGGACGAGCCAUUAGAGACGUUCCGGCUGUGGUUCAAGGGGUCUUCGACGAACGUGGGGAUGGACCCAGACGUUUCCUACGUGAGCAUGCGAGACGCUCUCAUGAACAUUAACGAAGGGAGCGGCGGCUUCCCAGUGGGUCAUCUUGAUGUCGAGGUGGUCUCCGUGACGGGAACCGGUACCGGAUCUCGGAAUGCGACCAACCCGGACGAGGCUGUUGUUCGUGGCUACUGGAGGGCCCAAUUCGCCGCUUCUAACUUCAGCACGUAUGUCUCUGCCGGAGCAUCUGCUGGGGAGGUGGAGGCGGCCUUGGAAGGGCUGGAGCCGACUGGAGACCUAACGGUAACGCGAAGCGAAAACAACGACAACGGCUACGACUGGCAGAUCACGUUCGAAACCCCGGUCGGAGACCGAGGUGCCCUUGUGCUAGACGACGCGUAUCUAUGGAGCACGAACGACGAUGCGGUGGCCUCGAUAUUGGACGGAGACAACGAGGUGGAGGAGUCAACAGGCGCCCUCAUCUGCAGCGACUGCCAGGUUGGCGAAGCCCCGGUGGGCUACGGUUACGCGGACCUAACCCAGGACGAACUGACUUACACAAUCUCCGGGCUUAGCCCUGGGGUUUCCUACACCGUGCAUGUCUCAGCCUUCAACCGCCACGGCCAGGGCGCGAGAGCCGUGGUAGACUCUGGGGUGGUCACCCCACCGCUGGCGGUUCCGUCCGCUCCCACGAAUGUCAGUGUCGCCACGAAGGGUUACAACGCUACGGAGGGAGAUGGCAUCGGGGAUUCCCAGCGGCUGCUGGUGACGUACUCCCCCCCUGCAUCCAACGGGGGCGAGGAGAUAACAUCCUACUGGGUGGAGCUAGACCCAACACCGACGUUCGACGACCCCAUCACGGAGGCGUUCCGGUGCCCUAACUCUCCGGACUACGCCACCUGGGUAGUGGAGACCUUUUCGAACGCCUCCAUUUUCGAAGGGUACUUCGAGUUGGCGCUCACCCGAUCGGGAUAUGAGCUAGUGACAAACCCUAUCCCCUUCGACGCGGUUGCCCUCGGCUCGGACGAAACGCCGGCGGCGUCAACGACGGACUCCCUGGUCACGUGCGAGAACGACGCGGGCAAUAACGACGACGAAUGUCCGGACAGCCGUUUGCAGAAGUCGGGCUCCAUGCAGAUGAAGAUCGAACGUUGGCGACGAACAUAUGCUGAAGAGCGCCCCGCCAACAUGAACCAACUUGUACCCACUACGAAGAUGGACUACUUGGACACGGUGACCGAAGGCGUGCAAGUUAGCCGCCAGGAGCUUGGAUCAGGGCAGUACCGCUGGACUGUCACAUUCUUGGACGAGGGAGACGACUUCGAGCUGGAGGAUGUCGUGUCGAGGAACUACCUCAACACCACCACCGGAGAUGCGACGGAGAUCACAACAACCAAGGUGGCAACCGACCCUGCGAAGCCAACAACUGUGCCCGGCCGGCCAACGUCAGUUUCGGUGGAGGUUUACGACGCCCAGUCUUUGAAAGUAGUUUUCUCUCCUCCUGCGGACGAUGGCGGAGACACAGUGGUGGCGUACUUGGUGGAGUGGGCACUGGACUCCACCUUCUCGGACUCGUGGAGCUCUACUAUGUCUCUCCUCAGCGGAGGGGCUCCAUUCCACAAGGUAAUAUCGAGCCUCGACACGGGCGAGGCCUACUUUGUGAGAGUGUCGGCCAGGAAUAGCUUAGGCUAUGGAGCCACUCAAAGCUCCAGUCCCACGUAUCAGCACCCGUACGAGGAACCCACAGCGCCUACAGACGUCGUGCUGGGAGUCACCUCUGACACCAUGCUUACGGCUAGCUUCUAUCCUCCAAGUUCCGAUGGCGGUGACGAGGUGACAGCCUUCCUCAUCACCUGGGAUGUGUCUGAGUCAUUCAACAGUCUUGUGGGAUCGCCGCACUCUGGUAGUGCGAGGGUGAACUCUUCCGAGCGGGCCUACACGGUCCAGUACCUCAGCACGUCCAGGAGGUAUUACAUCAAAGUCGCGGCGGAGAACAGCGCGGGCGCAGGAGUCGCCCGUGCCGCGUCCCCCACCUCCUCCUACCCGUCCCAGCAACCUCCGGGUAUUCCCGUGGGACUGGUCGCUAGCAACGGCGACGCCGGCACGGCCACGAUUUCGUGGGAUUUCCCGCUGGUGCCGACCCACGGUGUCCCUUGCUUCGGCACGGAGGAGACUCCGUCGAUUUGCCCCACUCCUGUCGGGGGGGUGUACCCGGGGUCUGACGGGGGCGACGACGUCUACGAGUACAGAAUACAGUGGAGCACGAGCCUUGGGUGA